AUGCAUGCACCCCACUCACUAUCCCAGGACAUUGAUGAUCUGGCAGGUGCUCCCUGGACGGAGGAGGAGGAGGAGUUAGUGAGGCGGGUCGAACGUGAAGCUCUCAGAUCGUCAUCAGAGGAGGUGGAGAGGUUGGCCAAUGAGCCUUGGACGGAGGAGGAGGAAGCGGAGGUGCGCCGGAUUGAGCAGAAAGCUGCGAGGUCCUCCUCCGCGGAGGUAGAGGCGCUCGCCAACGCACCUUGGUCGGCAGAGGAGGAAGAGGCGGUGAGGAUGGUGGAGAUGCGUGCCAUGGGCGCGCCAGGUGGAGAGACUCCCAACAAGGAGGGGGCAGUACUCGGUAUUCCGCAAAGGAACAUCACGCCCUCUCCACCACCUCGCCUAUGUCCUCCCAAGCGCAGGCUGGCAGAAGCCAUCUUCCUCGAUGGAUUGGAGGAUGCCGGUGCUGGCGACGACUUCGGAGGGGCGCUCAAGCGUAUCAAGCGGUGGAGCUCACCCACCAGGGCGACCUCUGAGGAGGCGAGCUCGAUGGCGAUACAGCCGGAAAUUGUCCAGCCCGACGUGGGUUCACCCUCGGGAUCCUUACAUGUUCCUGCUCAUUCUCCCCAACCAGGCGAGGACGAUGUCCAUCACACCAACAUCUACAUUAACAACCCCUUCCUGGAUGUGCAAGCCAUCCAUUCCGGUGAGGAAACAUCGAGUGGUGAGGAGGACGAAGGGGCCUGCUACGGAGAACACGGUAACCAAGACGGGUUUCUGACAUCGUCGCCUUCCGAAGUUGCUGAGGUGGACGGCGCGCGAUGGGCGGGCCUGUUAUCUCAAAAUCUUCCGAAUGGGCCUCAGUUCAUGCUACCCCCUAUACGUAGCGGCGGACUUGGUGGGGCGCGCAUCCUGCGAAUGGUCAAGAUUGACGAUGAUGAUGUGGAGGAUGGAGAGCCAAGCAGCGGCGUGGAGGAGCCCGGAGACUGCUACUCUAUUGGUAGUUUCGUUGUUAGCGACCAUGACGAGGCUAGCGACGCAACGGCUUAG